UUCACCUCCCCACCACCUGACCCUGAUGAAUUUAUAGUAGACUUUGAACUUAGAGAGGAGGAAUUUCCCACUCUCCAGUCAAUUAUGGUAAAGACAAAGCACACCAUAGCCCAGACUAAGACCAUCACAGUCCAGGCGCAGGUGAUACACAGACCCUGCAGCCAACUUGAUUCCAGGAGUGCCCCCACAUUGACUAGGGCCACGGAGACCACACAACCACCCCAAACACCAAUUAUCAGCAAUGUAGCGAUUCAAUCUGAUCUAAACAUUUCUGACCUCUCUGGGUCAGACACUAACAUCUCUACUCUUGUUCCAACAGAGGUUCAACUAAAUAAACACCAAAACCCUGCUGAGGUGGUGACUAUGGAAAGAGGAGUAAAGGUGGAAAAAGUUGUGAUGAUGGCAGAAAACCAAAGGGAAAAUCAAUCCCAAUAGUUUCCUGUCUGAACCUUCCCCAAUACUAACCUCUCCACACACCAGAUACCUCUUACCCACCCCACUUAGUCUGUCUCCAAAAAAUAGGGUUCCUUCAGAGCCCACUGUGAGACUCACCCCUCUGCCUUCACCCAGACACUGUACCCCAACAUCCCCAGCCACCCCCCCAUUCUUGUACCAGCCAACUAGACAUGACAUGACAAACAGAAAAAUCUAUGACUGGAAAAUAAAAUCUCUCAAACCGAUUGCUAUCAUUGGAGAUUCAAAUUUGAAAAGAAUACCCUACCAUCCGUACAAACACAUCCAAAUUGACAGUUAUCCUGGAGCACAGUUCCACCACAUUACUGGGGUAUUGGCAAAAUCUACCCCAAAUCCUAACACCAAGGUGGUUGUGCUGUCUCUGGGGCUGAACAACAAAGAUCAAACACAGAAACAAACACCCAUAGGACAACUACAAUCACUUCACAGUAAAGCAACAGCGAUGUAUCCUAAUGCAACCAUUUACUUCCCCAUCAUUAACUACUCUCCCCACCUAUCAGAGAAACAACAAACCAUGUUGAAAUAUAUCAACUCACACAUCGCCACACACUACAACCCCCUAUUAGAAAUCCACCAUUCAGAUUUCCACACAGAGAAAGACAAUAUACACUGGACAGCAGAUACAGGGGCAAAAAUACUCCAACAUUGGAUGGAACAACUAAAAUAG